AUGGUUAUUGAGUUGUGGCGGAAGCCCCCUACUCCAACCCCUUUUUGUUCCUUGGAGCUUCGCUUCUGCUCCACCCAUUCCCACCCAGUCCUUCCUUCAGAUUCCCAGGCAUACACCCAGGCUUCCGCUGAGAAGCAUGCCAUAGUAAUCGCCGAGGUCUGGAAGAACGAAGACGGCCGCUACGGGGACCUGAAGCAGCGAAUUACCCCUUACUAUCGCAUUAAAGCAGAUGGCCUUCUGGCAAUGGGUGGAGCUUCCGCUCCAGGGAACAAGAAGGAGUGGAUGUAG